UUGUUUAAUUAAUUUAUUUUUUAAGUUACUUUUAUUUAAAUAAUAAUAAUUAUAUUAAUAAUAAUAAUAAUAAUAAUAAUAAUAAUAAUAAUAAUGAUAAUAAUAAAAAAAAUAAUAAUUAUUAUAAUAACAAUAAUAAUAAAAAUAAUAAUAAUAUAAAUAAAAAUAAUAAAAAAAAAAUUAAAAUGAAAAGUUAUUAACUUCAAUGGCAAAUUUGUAAAUUUUUAAAUUACAAGGGCAAAUUCGUAAUUUCAUUCGAAGGAGGGUGGCGAUAAAAUGUAAAAGGUGGCGACAAAUAAGAAUCGGGUUAUUUUUAACCAUUUUCCUAAUUUAAAAUAUAUUCAUUUACAUAUAUUUCAGGAAUAUGCUGAGGAUGACCAGGUCAAACUGAAGAUGAUGCCAUUUUGCACCAACCUAGUUGCUGUUUUCACAUUUGUCCAAGUUAAUGUAGCUGCUGUUGUUGAGGAAAUAGUUUAUAGGGGUUUUUUGCUCACUUCCCUGACAAAAUGGGUAGCUACACCCACAGCUCUGCUUCUUUCAUCAGUGGCUUUUGGAUUGUUACAUGUUGGAGCUCAAAGAUUUGACUUGAGUGUUUUUCCUCCUCAUUUUUUCUUUGAUAUUACAAGUUUUACAAAGGCAAGACUUCAAUGCGACCUGACAAUUGGUAUCUUGUACCUCGAGAGUUCGAUCUUGUCAAUGAGGUGGUGGGACCUUGGCCUAUGGUAGACAAGUUACAGGCCUACGUUCAUGAGAUGAAACAAAAGAAGAAGAAUGAUGAUGGUGUCUUUCAUCUGAAACCCAAUAAUCCUGAGCUUAUAGAGUUUUUUGAGACUUGCUCUACUAUACUAGUGUAUCUAGUUGCUUGAUGACAUUCGAGAAGAUCUUGUUAGCUAAAUAGAUGUAUCUCUACUAUGCUAGUGUAUCUAGUUGCUUGAUGACAUUUGAGAAGAUCUUGUUAGCUAAAUAAAUGUAUCUCUUGGCCGUUAUCAUUAGCGGCAUUUAAAGUUUCAAUUUAAUUUCUUUUACCACUUAUUGUCAUUAAUAUCGUUUUUGUUUACUCCCUUCGUUUGACAAAACAAGGACAAUAGAAUUUUUGUCAGUGUUCACAACUCACAAGUUAAGAGAAUUUUUUUAAUUUCUCAAUAUGUAAGAAAAAAAAUAUAGUCAUGUGAGGUCAUAUAUAAUUUGUCUUAUUAAGUACGUUAUUAAUAUUCAAUCAUUAUAGUUUUUAUGUUUGUGUAAUUAUAAGUUCUUUUGCAUGUGUGAUUAUAGGUAUUGAAAACACAAAAUGUACAUUUGGCAAACGUGAAAAGUGUAAAUGUACACUAUUUUGUGGAAUCUCAACAAAGAUUAUCAAGGGGUGUUGUAAGAGGUUUGGACCACUUUAAGGGGAUGUUUGGUAUAAAUUAUGCUAUCUUUGGAUACAAUCAUUUCAUUUGAAAUGAUGGAAUUGACAAAAACUACAUGUUUGGAAAUUAAACGGAUUUGAAUUUGGAUGUGAUCCAAAUCCUAGUGACAGGCUAAAGUCGUAUCACCUAAUCAAAAGUAAUUCCUAAGUCCUCUGGCUAAAGUAGAUAGGGAAAUAGGGUUGAAUUCACAGGGACACAAUGUUCUUUUACUCCUAAUCAAUUAUUGUAAUCUAAAUUAUCGAGUAACCAAUUUGUAUUGUGUGAAUUACACUAAUAAUUAAACUAAGAAAAUUAAAUGAAGGAAUAAUCAAUAAUAAAAGGUCUAGGGUAUAGGUUCACCAAUAAAUAAUACUCCAGGGUA